AUGGUGAGAACCCCUCAUCGGUGUGAGAAAAGUGGAGUGAGGAAAGGAACAUGGACACCUGAGGAAGAUUCCAAGUUGAUUGCUCAUCUCACUACGUUUGGUCACCCCACCAAUUGGCGCCAACUACCCGGAGCUGCAGGUCUUGCAAGGUGUGGAAAGAGCUGCAGAUUAAGGUGGAUGAAUUAUUUAAGGCCAGAUGUGAAAAGAGGGAAUUAUACACAAGAAGAAGAUGACACUAUAGUCAAACUACACAAUCAGUUUGGUAAUAGAUGGUCCAUGAUUGCGUCUCACUUACAUGGAAGAUCAGACAACGAGAUAAAGAAUCGGUGGCACUCCCAACUUAAAAAGCGAUUCCAACACACUUCAGCCUCCAAUUCAAAUAAUCAUAAUGCCUUAAUUCAAUCAACGGAAGAAGAGAUAGUGAAUAAUAAUGCCACUACAAAUGAAUACCCUUAUAGUAAUCUUCACAACACUUUUCCAGCUUCUUCUCAAAGCAAUACAUAUGACGAUUUUUCUCCAUUGAGUGACUUUUUCUACACACCAGCGGUGGAUCUUGCUGCACCAUUUGGUAAUAACUCGGUUUUGGGUAUUGAUAAUGAUGAUCACUAUGCUAAUUUCCUGGAUAAUAUGGUACACAGUAGUAACAUAGUGCCAAUCGGUGCAGAUUAUGUUUGGACUCAACAGGAUUAUUCAAGUCCAAUCUAUGAGACUUUUCCGUAA